CCUCAUACGCGACCAGUUCCAUCAUCACGACCACCGAGUCCGGUUCACGGCGGUGGAGCGAGUCACUGUUAUCAUCAGAUUCAUGGACGGAUCUCCCAUUAGGACGAGCCUGCCUCUACAGACAGCGCUGGCGACCGCCUUCUGCUACCUCAUCUCGAGUAUGGACGACAUCAAUGUGUACGUCGCGCAACGGGCUACGCUGUACAUCGGGACCGUGCACGAUAAUGCUAUUGACCUUCUCCUAUUCUGCCUGGAGACCCAAUUCGACCUGGUCAUAGUAGACCGACCAAUGGUGCUGCAGUGCAUCUACCAGCUGCACAACACGCUCAGCGACCGCCGCAUCCUCACGUGGGAGUUCUUCCUCAACCGCUUCGAGGCGCUCUUACUGGAAGCCAACAUCAACUCCAACAAGACCGUGGACUUUACCAACUUGAGGGGAUGA